AUGUCGGUCGCGGGCUUGAAGAAACAGUUCCACAAAGCCACGCAGAAAGUCAGCGAGAAAGUGGGCGGCGCCGAAGGGACCAAGCUGGACGAUGACUUCAAAGAAAUGGAGAAGAAAGUCGACGUGACGGGUCGAGCGGUUCUGGACAUUAUGACCAAAACUACUGAGUACCUGCAGCCCAAUCCGGCCUCCAGAGCUAAGCUCAGCAUGAUCAACACUAUGUCCAAAAUUCGCGGCCAGGAGAAGGGACCGGGAUACCCGCAGGCCGAGUCGGUCCUUGGGGAUGCCAUGUUGAAGUUCGGACGGGAACUCGGGGAUGACUCCUGCUUCGGCCUAGCAUUGAUAGACGCGGGCGAGGCAAUGAAGGAGCUGGGCGAGGUAAAGGACGCUCUGGACAUGGAGGUGAAACAGAACUUUAUUGAUCCUCUUCAGAACCUCCACGACAAAGACCUAAAGGAGAUCCAGCACCACCUGAAAAAGAUGGAAGGUCGACGUCUGGACUUUGACUACAAGAAGAAGCGUCAGGGAAAGGUGCAGGACGACGAGAUCAAACAAGCGCUGGAGAAGUUCGACGAGAGCAAGGAGAUCGCCGAGCAGAGCAUGUUCAAUCUUCUGGAGAGCGACAUAGAACAGGUGAGUCAGCUGGCGGCGCUGGUCCAGGCCCAGCUAGAGUACCACAGUCGCACCGCUCAGAUCCUCCAGCAGCUCUCCAGCAAGAUGGACGACAGGAUAAAGGAAGUGUCCAGCAAGCCCAGGAAGGAGUAUGUUCCAAAACCACGUAUGACCUUGGAGCUGCUCCCACCUAGUGAGAGCCACAACGGUGGCCUCCACUCUGCAAAAUCCCCCGGAAGAUCACCAGCGCCACUGGACCAGCCGUGCUGCCGGGCGCUUUACGAUUUUGAGCCGGAGAACGAAGGCGAACUGGGCUUCAAGGAGGGCGACGUGAUCACGCUGACCAAUCAGAUUGACGACAACUGGUACGAAGGGAUGAUCCACGGCCACUCGGGCUUUUUCCCCAUCAACUACGUCGACAUCCUGGUGCCACUCCCGCAUUAA